AUGGACAAAGAAGCAACAAUCUACGUUAUCGACCUGGCCAAGUCCAUGGGUGAGAAGCACGCUGGCAGGAGCAUAAGUGAUCUUGACUGGGCCCUUCAGUACGUAUGGGACAAGAUUACAAGCGCCGUCUUUACGGGCCGUAAAACGCUUCAAAUCGGUAUCGUGGGGGUUGGGACAGACCAUACCUCCAACCCCAUGGCAAAGGGGGCUGAUGGCUACAAUCAUAUCAGCAUUCUCCAACCUAUUUCGCAGAUAUUGCUGCCGCAGCUGCAAGCAUUGCCGGACCUGCUACGACCUAGCAAGACCGACGAUCGUGAUGUCCUUUCUGCCAUAAUCAUUGCCGGUGACAUGAUGACGCAGCAUUGCAGAGACCUGAAGUACAAGAAGACGAUUGUAUUGAUUACGAACGCUACGGGGAAUAUCGAUGACGACGAUGUUGAAAAGACCGCCAAUUUUUUCAAGCGCGAGAAAAUUGAAUUGGUUGUAUUGGGCAUUGACUUUGAUGACCGGGAUUAUGGGGCCAAGGAAGAGGACAAAUCACCUUUGAAGCGGAAGAAUGAGGAGAUCCUGAAGAAGAUGGUCGAUCUGGGAGGAGGUGAGGUUGUAGCCAUGCAGGAAGCCAUUGAUGCUCUGUCGAUACCGGAUAUCAGACCUGUCAGACCUACUCCGACCUACAAAGGCCAACUGAGACUGGGUGAUCCGGAACGAUAUGACACUGCACUGUCUAUUGAUGUGGAGAGGUACUUCAAAACAUCCAUCAAGAGACCGCCGACCGCCAGUGCAUAUGCAGUCCGUGAGGAUGGCCCUCCCGAUGAAGGGCUGAGCACGGUUCACAACUUGUACAAGUACAAGGUCAAGGAUGAUGACUCCAGUGGGGGCACGCGAGACGUCGAUCGCGACGAGUUGGCCAAAGGGUUCGAGUACGGUCGCACGGCAGUUGCCAUAUCAGAUUCGGAACAAAACAUCACCAAGCUCGAGACUCGAAUGGGAUACGACAUCUUGGGUUUCAUUCCCAUCCAACAUGUGGAACGCUACAUGAUGCUCGACAACUCAAGCAUGAUUGUUGGGCAAAAGGGUAACGACAGAGCUGCCAUUGCCUUAUCCUCAUUGGUCCAUGCCCUUCAUGAGGUUGAGUCGGUCGCUGUUGGCAGGCUUGUGAAGAAAGAUAUGGCGGAGCCCAUUAUCACACUGCUCUCGCCACUUGUCGCCAAAGACGUGGAAUGUCUAAUCGAAAAUAUCCUUCCCUUUGCCGAGGAUGUCCGAUCGUAUCGGUUUCCAGCCCUGGACAAAGUACUUACGGUCUCCGGAAAGGAGAUCACGCAGCACCGCAACCUGCCAUCCGAAGAUUUGUUGCAAAGCAUGAGCGAUUUUGUUGACAGUAUGAGCUUGGUGCAUGGUAAUGAGGAGCAGAUGAGUAUAGAUGAAACAUUCUCGCCAGUUCUGCAUACGAUCGAAGGAGCUAUCAAGUAUCGAGCCCUACAUCCGACAGGCGGUAUUCCAGAGACACCGGAAGCAUUCCUUGCAUAUUCGCGGCAACCCGAAGAUCUUCAAGAGCAGAGUAAAGGGGCGCUGACUAGGCUGAUGGCUGCCGCGGAUGUCAAAAAGGUUCCCCCUAGGACUAAAGGCCGCAGGAAGUACCGAGAAACUGAGAAACCCUUGUCGGGACUCAAUGUGGAGGAUCUCUUCCGUAAUGAAAAACGCACUCAGAUUUCACCCGAUAAUGCGAUCCCGGAAUUUAAGCAGAUCAUGCAGCAUUCGGACGACAUGAAGCGGGUGAAGGAUGGCAUCCAGCAACUGGCUUCAAUCCUACAGAAUUGGGUUUCCAAAAGCUUUGGAGAUGCCAAUUAUGACCGAGUGGUAGAAGGGCUCGGUGUGCUGCGGCAGGAGAUGCUCGAGCUUGAGGAACCAACCUUUUACAAUGAUGUUCUGCGCGACCUGAAAAAGAAGCUGGUUGCUGGGAAGCUGGGCAGCAACCGAAAUGACCUGUGGUACAGAAUUCGAAUCAGCAAGCUGGGUUUGAUCACACACGAAGUUUCGCAGUUUUCAGAUGUCAGCCAAGCAGAUGCAGACGCGUUCAUGAGCCUGAAGGCGUGA